GAUUGCAUCCAUUAAAAACUUAAAAUUAAAAGUUUCGUAGGGUUCACAAGAUUCAUGUUCAUUUCAGUCCCUCGCCAUGGAGCGAACUUGUAAAACAGCCACCUUGUAAAGCUAUCCUCUGUUCGUGAAACUCUCACACCCAUGCACUUCGCUUCGCUACUACGCAUAGGGAUUUCCCAGUUUCUUUCCACAGUGCCCCUUUCCCGAAGCAACCCGCUGUCUCAUACAGACUCAGAUCGGGAACUAGCUGAUUAGAUGCUCAUUUGGCAACAGUUGAAUUAAUUAAUUGGGGCCACUGCCAGCCGUGACCGUCCUCUGUUCUUUUCUCUUGAUCUUCCCCAACUAUCCCUUUCUCCGAUUUUAUUGAUUGCUCCUCUUCUCCUCGCCACUGCCAUUGAUUAUCUCGAUUCUUUUCCCCUUACAUACUACUGCCACUUUGUGGGUCUCUCUCUUUCUCUCUCAUGGAGUCUGUGCAAGCCGCUCGACUCGUUUCCUGUAAACCUUGUCUGAGUCUAUCAGAUGCUGGGUUUAGGUUCAGCGCGUUUAGGCAAGUGGGUUCUGUUCCUUUGUGGAGAAAAUCACAAGGAAGUCGUUCUCUGAUGCUUGUAAGAUCAGUUGCGGAUAAAAAUGGAGCUGGGUUUCGCAGUUCUCAAAAUGGGUCUUCUUCUGCUGUUGAAAAUGAAGAGGAGGGUCUUGUGUUGGACACGGAGAGGGAUUGCUCUGGCGCCGUUGUUGGGUUUCACUUGAUUCCCCAGACUCGUAAUCUCGGAGGUGGCAAUGGAGUCAUUGGCUCUCCUGAAAAUAUAACUAUUAAUAGCAUAGAAGGAACUGAAGAUACUGAAGACACUGAAGAUGCUCAAGACACUGAAGACAUUGAAGAUACUGAAGAUACUGAAGACACUGAAGGAGAAAAGAAAAUCCAAACCAGAGUCACUCACAAUGUUGUUUUUGUUACUGCUGAAGCAGCACCAUUUUCAAAGACUGGGGGUUUGGGAGAUGUUUGUGGUUCUUUGCCUAUAGCACUAGCUGCCCGUGGACAUCGUGUAAUGGUUGUCUCUCCUAGAUAUCUAAAUGGUACUGCAUCAGAUAAAAAAUUUGCUGGUGCUAGUGCUGUUGAUUGCCGCAUCAAAAUUUAUUGCUUCGGCGGGGCCCAGGAGGUUACCUUUUUCCAUGAGUACAGGGCAGGUGUUGAUUGGGUUUUUGUGGACCAUCCAUCAUAUCACCGACCAGGAAAUCCAUAUGGUGAUGCUUUUGGUGCUUUUGGUGAUAAUCAGUUUCGGUUCACGUUGCUUUGCUACGCAGCAUGUGAAGCUCCGCUGGUGCUUCCAUUGGGAGGGUAUACCUAUGGAGAGAAAUGUUUGUUCCUUGUUAAUGACUGGCAUGCAAGCCUUGUCCCAGUGCUCUUGGCAGCCAAGUAUCGUCCAUAUGGAGUUUAUAAGGAUGCGAGAAGUAUUCUUGUAAUACAUAACCUUUCACAUCAGGGAGUGGAACCUGCCGCAACCUACCCAAAUUUGGGACUGCCUCCUCAGUGGUAUGGGGCACUGGAGUGGGUGUUUCCUACAUGGGCAAGGACCCAUGCCCUGGACACAGGUGAAGCUGUCAAUGUUCUGAAAGGCGCUAUUGUGACAGCGGAUCGCAUAAUGACGGUUAGCCAGGGCUAUUCUUGGGAGAUAACAACUGUUGAAGGUGGAUAUGGUCUGGAUGAGCUAUUAAGUAGUCGAAAGAGCGUUUUGAAUGGGAUCACGAAUGGAGUUGAUGAUGCUGAAUGGGACCCAUCUUUAGAUGAGCAUAUAGCUUUUCAUUACUCCACUGAUGAUCUCUCUGGAAAGGUCAAAUGCAAGAUUGCUCUACAGAAGGAAUUAGGUCUUCCUGUUAGACCUGAUUGCCCAUUGAUUGGAUUCAUUGGGAGAUUGGAUUACCAAAAAGGCAUUGACUUGAUCAAAUUGGCAACUCCUGAGCUUAUGGAGGAGGAUGUGCAAUUUGUUAUGCUUGGGUCUGGAGAACCUCAGUAUGAGGACUGGAUGAGGGCAACAGAAUCUACCUAUCGAGACAAGUUCCGUGGUUGGGUUGGCUUCAAUGUUCCCAUUUCUCACAGAAUAACUGCAGGCUGCGACAUACUAUUGAUGCCGUCACAAUUUGAACCUUGUGGGCUAAACCAGUUGUAUGCUAUGAGAUAUGGAACUGUACCUGUGGUUCAUGCCACUGGUGGACUUCGAGAUACAGUACAGAAUUUCAAUCCAUAUGCCGGAGAAGGCAGUGGCGAAGGCACCGGGUGGGCUUUUGCACCACUAUUGAAGGAGAGUAUGUUAGCGGCCUUAAGAGUUGCUGUCCGGACUUACCAAGAGCACAAGUCGUCUUGGGAAGGAAUAAUGAAGAGAGGAAUGCAGAAAGACUACACCUGGGAUAAGGCUGCAGUUCAAUAUGAGCAGGUCUUUGAUUGGGCUUUCAUGGAUCAACCUUAUGUUGGCUGAGUUCUGUUUUUUUUUUUUUUUUGGGGGGGGAGAGAGAGAGCAAAUAAGGAAAAGUUCUUAAUUUUCUGCAGUUAGUCCCAUAUAUAGGAUCAUCCAUGGUCACAUUAGCUGAAAAUUGCACAUAGGAACAUCUUUUUGUGCCCACAUGUGGUGGAUAAUUGUUCACCUUCCCUUGGUCAUUUUCUCUGUUCACAGAGUUGCUUUUUUGUAGCUCUCAUUCUCACUUCCACCCAUAACCUUGUUUUAUAUUCUUUAUAUUUAUCUUUGGGAGUAUAAUAUCAUCAAGGGCAUUAUAUUUUUUAAAGCCAAAUCCUAAGGCCUAUUGUUUCAUUUCCUCUUUAUCCUACCACUUAAUUGUAUGAACAGAGUGCUAGAUUAUCAAUGGAGUUAAAUGUACUUUUGGUUGUUGAAUUUUUUU